CACUAGGUCACAUUAACCGCGGGCAGAUAAGCUACAAACCGCCGUACUCCGAAUACCAACCCAAUAUCCCGAAAACGGAGAUCGUAUGAUCGGCUUAUCUAACCACCUCCUUUUGCACGACUUCUGUCUGCAAAGCAUGGGUUUGAACAUCACAUGAUGAACCCUACCUGGAGACUCCCUCGCUCAUUUUCCCAGCCAGUAGCACUUCGUCGACGAAAUCAAGAUACUUUCCUGUGCCGCUUUCUAUUCACAUCCAAGAUCAGCCGUCACCACAGAGCCUCUCCGUCACCACACCCAUCACGAUGCCUUCAUGCCAUGGCUCACGCGUCAAGGGAAGAUCUCUACCACCCUGAGGUAGAUAUUGAAGAUCUCGAGAACUAUGUGCCAGGCGGAUACCACCCAACUCUCAUCGGAGACACCUUUGGUAGUGGCCGCUAUACCGUCGUUCACAAGCUCGGGUUCGGUGGAUAUUCAACCAUCUGGCUCGCCCGGGAUCAGCAACGCCAACGCUACGUAUCACUAAAGAUACUGACUGCGAGAGCAUCGUCAGAUAGCCGCGAGGGGCAGAUCCUCACCUACUUGAUGAAGAGCGACCUUACCCAUGCUGGAAAGCAAUUCAUUCCGCCCCUACUUGACCAAUUCUCGUUUCACGGUCCCAACGGGCAUCAUCGGUGCUUGGUCGGAGAGCCUGCUGGAUGUAGUAUUUCCAAGUCCAAGGAGGACAGCACAAACUUUAUGUUUCCCCCGGACGCUGCUAGAUCUAUUGCCGCCCAGCUCCUUUUAGGGUUGUCUUAUCUGCAUGCAAAUGGCGUAUGCCACGGAGAUCUCCAUUUGCGCAACUUUCUCUUACGCAUACCAGACUUCGACGGCCUAAGCACAGCCGAGCUAUAUCAGCGCUUCGGCGAACCCUCCGAGGUUCCAAUCCGGCGAGUGGAUGGAAAGCUCGGUGAACCCCACGCACCGCCGCACGCCAUCUAUCCCAUGGCUAUGAGCAUGCCUGCCAACGAGCUGGAUAACCCAGAAAUCAUCAUCUCGGAUUACGGAACGUCCUUUGUUGUGUCACAAACCCCCUCACCGACCCUCCACACUCCGGCCCUUUAUUCUCCCCCAGAAGAGUUCUUCAAUGAACCCAUCACUCGACCCACCGCAGCUGACAUAUGGACCCUAGGGGUCAACUUGUACGAGGUCUUGGGCGAGCGUCCCCUCUUCGAAACAUUUGCCUGGGACCGAGAUGACAUUGUCGCCGAGAUGAUCAAUACGCUGGGCCAACCGCCCGUGAGAUGGUGGAAUUGUUGGGCUAACCGCUCCGAAUUCUUUGAGGCAGAUGGGUCAUGGGUCACUGACUUCCGCCGUAUCAGCACUCCCGUCUUCCGGCGGCUGCGUCAGCGCCUCUGGGACAUGGGCCGUGGCGAGACGGAGCAGACGUGCCAAUGGGACGUUGCGGGUGGUGAGCUUCGUGCGCUGGAGAACUUGCUUAGAGCGAUGCUGGCGUUUGAACCUGCGGAACGACCGACCGCGGAUCAACUCCUCCGGUCGGAGUAUAUGGUGAAGUGGGCGUUGCCUGCGUGGGAGAGGCAGAGGCAGAGGCAGAGGCAGAGGCAGAGGCAGAGGCAGAGGCAGAGGCAGAGGCAGAGGCAGAGGCAGAAUAGCGCUCACUAGCAGAUGAGGAGCAUUGACUGUCUGCGACAAGUAGAUUGAUCAAUAUGCAUCCUCCCACUCCAGCAGUUCCGAUAAUAUGGAUGUCAUCAUCGCCGACCUCAAGAGGCGGCGCCUGUCUAUGACUCGAAGCCAUUGGCUGAGACUUUCUUGGAUAAAGGCGCCGUAUGAAGGAGCUGUAUUGCCCAUUGAACCUCGCCAGGGGAUGUUCCAUGUAAUGAAUGACGGAAUCAAGCGCUCUUGUCAUCAAGCUCUGAAUAACUAGUAGAUGUGACACUAUAUCUGCCAAUCUGUCCAACAGAACUCAAUAUAGCGCUCAAGGAAGUAC